AUGACACUUUAGAUGAGGCAACAAAGAAAGACCUUUUCACUGACACUUUCUGUAAGGUUUGCAGGGCAGUGCUGCAGUUUGAAUCUCAGAGGGCGUCACACUAUAAGGGCAAAAAACAUGCUCAGAAAGUUCGUCUUUACAUCCAAAUGCAUGGCAAGAAAGAUGAAAGGCAGGAAGAUGGCAAACAGAAGAAAACGGAUUGUACCAACUUUCAGAUGGAUGGGAGUGGAGUAGUGGACAGAAACAAAUACUGCAAUCUCUGCAACAUGUUUUUUACUUCCCCAGUUGUUGCUUUGUCUCACUACUUGGGAAAGAUCCACGCUAAAAAGCUGAAGCAAUUAUCAGUAGACCAAGCCCACAUGCCAGCACAGAGCAUGCAGCCUGUUUCUGCUUUACAGAAGCCAUCGGCUGAGAAGCCCUUGCUGCCUUCAAAAGCUGAAGAGUCUUCAUCAUCCUCCAACACAAAGUUGAAGUUAAAUGAUCCAGACAAGUACUGCAAGCUCUGCUGUGCUCCCUUCAAUAAUCCACUUGUGGCCCAGCAGCAUUAUGUUGGUAAGAAACACAGAAGAAAUGAAGCACGGAAAAAGAUACUGGAGGAGCUAGGAGACAAAGCUGUCCCUGCAGAAUCCAGCACCAAUGGUUCCUUCUUUUCAGCAGUUGGGGUUGGUUAUUACAUGUGCCCCAUAUGUAACAUCACACUUACAUCUAUAGAGACGUACCAAUCCCAUGUGCAAGGGAAUAAGCACCGGAUUAA